AUGUCAUUACCUUUAACUGUUGAUGUUACAUUACCUGAUGGUACUAAAAUCGAACAACCAACUGGGUUAUUUAUCAAUAAUGAGUUCGUUAAAUCCAAAAAUGGUAACACAAUAGAUUCAAUAAAUCCAUCAACUGGUGAAGUAAAUGCUUCUGUAUAUGCAGCAGAAGAUGAAGAUGUUACAAUUGCAGUCAAUGCAGCCAAAACAGCUUUUAAAUCAUGGAAAAAAUCAACUGGUGUUGAAAGAGGUAUAUUAUUAAACAAAAUAGCUGAUAAAUUAGAAGAACAAAGAGAUUAUUUUGGAUCAAUUGAAGCUUGGGAUUCAGGAAAGACAAAAGAACAAAAUGCAGUUUAUGAUAUUGAUGAGUGUGUUAGUUGUUUUAGAUAUUAUGCUGGGUGGGCAGAUAAAAUCACUGGUAAAGUUAUACAAAAUGAUCCAAAAAAAUUAGCAUAUACUGUUCAUGAACCUUUAGGGAUAAUUGGACAAAUUGUUCCUUGGAAUUAUCCAUUAGCAAUGGCUGCUUGGAAAUUAGCACCUGCUUUAGCUGCUGGUAAUGUUAUUGUAUUAAAAACUUCAGAAAUUACUCCACUAUCAUUAUUACAUGUCGCUAAAUUAUUCAAAGAAGUUGGAUUCCCACCAGGUGUGGUUAAUAUUAUUUCAGGAUACGGUAAAACAGCAGGUACUGCUUUAUGUGUUAAUCCUGAUGUUGCCAAGAUUGCAUUUACAGGUUCAACAGCAACUGGUAAAUUAAUUUCAAAAGCUGCCUCAGAUACAAUGAAAGCUGUUACUUUGGAAUGUGGUGGUAAAUCUCCAUUAAUCAUUAGAGCAGAUGCCGACUUAGAUCAAGCCGUUAAAUGGGCAGCUAUUGGUAUUAUGUCAAAUCAAGGACAAAUCUGUACUGCUACCUCAAGAAUUUAUGUUCAGGAAACCAUAUAUGAGAAAUUCUUGGAUUUAUUAUCAAAACAUGUCAAAGAAGAUUACAAACAAGGUACCAUGUUUGAAGAAGAUGCAGUUGUUGGACCACAAGUAUCAGAACAACAACGUGAUAAAGUUUUGAAUUAUAUUGAUAUUGGUAAAAAAGAAGGUGCAAGAGUUGUAUUAGGUGGUGAAGCCAACACAGAGGGAGAUUUAUCAAAAGGAUUUUUUAUUAAACCUACUAUUUUUGCUGAUGUUAAACCAAAUAUGAGAAUCGUUCAAGAAGAAAUUUUCGGACCAGUAGUAUCAGUAGGUAAAUUUUCAACUGAUGAAGAAGCCUUGGAAUUAGCAAACAAUGUUUCAUACGGUUUGGGUUCAGCUAUUUUCACAAAAGAUUUAGUAGUAGCUCAUACCAUGGCCUCAGAAAUUGAAGCAGGUAUGGUAUGGAUUAACUCAUCAAAUGAUUCAGAUGUUCAUAUACCAUUUGGAGGUGUUAAAUUAUCAGGUGUAGGUAGAGAAUUAGGAGAAUAUGGUUUAACUAUGUAUACACAACCAAAAGCUAUUCACGUUAAUUUAGGAAAUGUUUUAUAG